AGUCAAGUCAGUCGGGAAUCAAGAAUCAAUCUACAAGUCAGUCUCGUUCCAAUCUCAGUCUCGUUCAUACAUCGUUACUAAGUCGUUUCUAUAUCUUUACUAAAUCUUUACUAUAUCAUUCUAAGUCCCAGUUAUUCUAAAUCCUAAGUUAAAUAAAUCUUAUUGUUAAUUCUAACCAAUUAUAUUGUGUUGUGUAAAUAAAAUCGUUUUUUCAAAACCUCUAUCCACGGUCCCGUAUAAUAUUGGUGGCAGCGGUGGGAUACGAAAAUCCCCUACCCGAAUACGUUUCCGAAGAAAUAUAUUAUCCAAGAAUUAAUAAACCGAACUCUAACAAGUGCAACUAAAUCAAAGUGAAAAAUAAGUAAAAUUAAAAGUUUAAACAAAGUGAAAGUGCAUCAAGAAAAUCAACAUCCAGCCUGUUCCAAGCACAGGCCUUCUGCAUCAACCAGCAUCCUACUCAUCACCCUCAUCAUCCUCACUAGCACACAGGGGUGUGUCUCCAGCAUACAAUGAACACAAAUGCAAGAUUAUUCAUCAUUCUAUCACUACUCCUGUAAGUGAUCUUCUUUAAACAAUUAUUAUUGAACUCAGAGCAAAGACAUUCUUUAAUUUAAUUUAAAAUAUAAUUUAUCUCCUAACCAUUUCAUUUUCAUGUUACAAUAUUUCAAAUUUAAACUGUAUUCAUUGUUCUAUGCAUUAACUGUGAUUUCAUUGUUGAAUGUAUUUAUGUUACGAUAAGCAUUAGUUAACAUUGUUCUGUGUUGUGUUGUUCAUUGUUAUAUAGCCGAUAAGCGGUCUACGAUUUAAUUUUAAUUUGUAAUAACUACUUCAAUACCACAAUGAGUAAAUGUGAAGAAACUCCCUGUGCCUCUAAAAACUUACCAAUGCGCGGUGAAGCUGAGGAAAAAUUUGUAGAAAUCGGUGUGUUAUUAAAAUUCAUUAAACCUUUUGAUGGAUCACGAGGAAAACUAAAUCCGUUCAUAUCCAAUUGCCAAAAUGCUUACAGUUUAGCUUCCAAAUCACAAAAAUCGAUAUUAUUUAAAUAUAUACUUAGCCAAUUAGAAGGUAGGGCGGAAACAACGUGCAGCAUAAAAGAUUUCGAAUCGUUUGAACAGUUUUUAGAAUUUUUAAAACAACAGUUUGGUGAAAGAAAGCAUUACUCUCACCUCCUGUCAGACCUACAGGAUUGCAAACAGAACGCCACAGAAUCAGUAAAUCAAUUUGCUUUAAGGAUAGAAACAUGCCUAGCUAAAUUUCUAACUGAAAUAAAUAUUUCCAUCCCAACUAAAAGGAAAACGGAACUAUCAGGUCGCGUAGCAGCUAUGGAGGACCUAGCCCUCCACACAUUCGUAAUAGGACUCCACCCACGUUUAUCCCAGAUAGUCAGGUGCCGCGACCCUGACUCUUUAAAUUCAGCCGUGAACUUCGCAGUUGCCGAAGAAAAGAUCCUCUCCAGCAUAGGGAAAAGACCUCAACCGCCACAAUCUCAACCUAUAUACAACGAAAGACGAUCGCCGCCCCGUCGUAACAUACCUUUUCAACAAAACUACCGCACCGACAAUUUUAGGCCCAACACUAAUGUAUUUUGUCGAUAUUGUAAGAGUGUCGGUCACACCAUAGAGAACUGUCGUAAACGCCAAUACAACCAUAGCAAACAACAAUUCGGUACAUCAACCUCACAAGGUCCACCUCAUAUAUUCCAGCAGCGUGGCGAACACACACCGCAUAAAAUCCACUCUGUCGAACAGGUGGGCAUGUUAGACCAAGGACACGAUGAGGUUGACCAUAAUUUAAACGAAUAAAGGGCUCUCGGCGGUGUCCCGCGGGUCCAAGGCCUCGUAUACACACUAUUUCAAUUCCAAACGACACCUCCACUGUAUCUACUGUAUCCAAUCGACUUAACCGACAGGGUAACCAGCCCCAAACUGACAAGUCGAACUCCACUGUAUCCACUGUAUCCAAUCGACUUAACCGACAGGGUAACCAGCCCCAAACCGACAAGUCGAAUAUCACUGUAUCCACUGUAUCCAACCGACUUAACCGACAGGGUAACCAGCCCCAAACCGACAAGUCAAACAUCACUGUAUCCACUGUAUCCAAUCGACUUAACCGACAGGGUAACCAGCCCCAAACCGACAAGUCAAAUAUCACUGUAUCCACUGUAUCCAAACGACUUAACCGACAGGGUAACCAGCCCCAAACCGACAACUCAAAUAUCACUGUAUCCACUGUAUCCAAACGACUUAACCGACAGGGUAACCAGCCCCGAACUGACAAGUCCAAUAUCACUGCAUCCACUGAAUCCAAUCUCCAUGCACGAAUCCCUGUAAAACUUACCAAUCCUAAAGUCUCAUACGCAUCCGUUGCAGCAUCACACAUUCCUAACUCGCAUAAGAUAUCCUUGCAACCCACUGAAUCUGUUCCUCCGGUCAAACAUUCCAAACGCAUUAACUUCCAGAACCAGCAUAACUUAAAUCCAAAUGUCACAUCGCUUCCAGCGCACAACCUGAAAUCAGAAACAAGACAAAUUAAAGUUUAUGAAAUAAAUAGUAAUAUAGAGAAAAGAUACUUACCUCAUGUUAUGAUACAAACAUCCGUUGCAACAAAGCCAUUAUCCUUCCUAGUAGAUACCGGUUCAUCUGUAAGCCUACUAAAAUCAAAAUCCAUAUCAAACCUUCCAGUUCUAAGUAAUGAGAUAAUAACACUUAAAGGAAUCGACCCCGGAGACGAAACAACUCCUACAUUAGGCAGCUUCCCAAUGAAAAUAUACAUAAACUCUUAUAAAUAUUUUUCACACGAAUUUCAUGUUGUUCAAGAUCUUAACCUAAAUCAUGAUGGAAUUAUCGGUAACGAUCUUAUUAGGGACUUUCAAUGCCAAAUCAAUUUGUCUCAAGGAAUGCUACAAAUAGGUUCUAAUUCAAUUAAACUCAACUUUUCCGAACCCGUGUAUACAAUCUCCCCUCGCACGGAAACUGUAAUCGAAUGUACAGUUAAUAACCCAGAAGUUCGCGAAGGAGUGAUUCUAGAUCAACACAUCUCUAACUCGCUAUUAAUUGCAAAUUGUUUAGUUAAAGUAAAGGAAAACAACCGCGUCAAUAUUACAGUAGUAAACACUUCCGAGAAACCUGCUAUAAUUCACCCAAAUCUUAAUUUAAAAAUAGAGCCAGUACAGCUUGAAAACACCAUAGCUUUUUCCAAACCAUCAGUCUACAACGUGUCAAAAAGGACAAACGAAGUCCUCAAACAAUUAAGAACCUCUCACCUUAAUAGCGAAGAGAAAAACGCUUUAUUGGACAUAUGUUCGAACUAUUCAGAUAUAUUCCACCUCCCAGACGACCAACUCACGUGCACCACUGCAAUCGAACAUAAAAUUAAAACUAACACAGACGUCCCUAUCCAAACAAAAUCCUAUAGAUUCCCCGAAUG